GAAACACUGACGGACUCGGGGCCGGAAUUGACGUCGCGGGGAGAGGGAGCAGCCCGGAGCGCGUUGCCGGACCGGAAACUGGCGGCCUGGCGGGCGGGGAGGCACCGAGACCCCGCUCCCGCCGCUACUCGAGGCCCAGGCUCCGCUCCGGGCCUAGUCCCCGCUCCGGGCCGCGGCUGCUACUCCAGGCCCAGGCUCCGCCAUGACGCAGGUGGAGGCGGAGAACGGCAAGGAGCGGGAGAAGGAGCAGCGCGGGGUGAAGCGGCCCAUCGUCCCCGCCGGCAUCCCCGAGUCCGUGCUGGAGCCAAUUCAGAGUAACUUCAUAGUGGUUAUUCACGCGGGUUCAUCGACGUUGAGGAUCGGCCGUGCUGCCGACACGCUCCCUGUCGGGAUUCCGCACGUCAUCGCCCGAAGGCACAAGAAGCAAGGACAACCUCACUACGAGGACCCCUGGCUCCAUCGGGACGGGCUCAAUAAACCAGAAAGUAACGAGCAAAGACUGAAUGGCCUUAAAAUGGUGGACCAGGCCAUCUGGUCCAAAAAGAUGUCGAAUGGUGCAAGACGGAUCCCAGCUCCACCUGAUCAGGUGAGGGCAUACAACAAGCAGAUGAGACCAGCAGUCCUGGAUGCUAAUUCUGGAGUCAAAUGGACAGACACCUCACUUCAACCUGAGUUUCUUGUAGGCGAAGAGGCAUUAUAUGUAAAGCCCACAGACUGCUACAACAUACACUGGCCAGUUCGCCGGGGUCAGUUUAACCUCCACACCGGGCCUGGAGGCUCCCUCAGUGCUCUGUUGGCUGAUCUAGAGGCCAUAUGGACAUUGGCCAUUCAGAAAUACCUGGAAAUUCCCAGCAAGGAUUUGAAGUAUUACAGGUGUAUCCUGCUAAUCCCAGACAUCUACAACAGGCAGCAUGUUAAAGAGUUGGUGAACCUACUUUUGAACAAUAUAGGAUUCUCAGGUGUAAUUGUGCAGCAGGAAUCGAUCUGUGCUACGUUUGGCAGUGGGUUAAGCAGUGCCUGUGUGGUGGAUGUGGGGGAACAGAAGACCAGCGUGUGUUGUGUAGAGGACGGAGUUUCUCAUCGCAACACCAGGCUGCGUUUGGCGUACGGAGGAGCUGACGUGACCAGGUGUUACUACUGGCUGAUGCAGCGGUCUGGCUUUCCCUACCGCGAGUGCCAAGUAUUCAGUCGGAUGGACUCGCUCCUCCUCCAGCUGCUUAAAGAAACAUUCUGCCAUCUUGACCAGGAUAUCUCUGGAAUUCAGGACCACGAGUUCAAGAUCCGUCACCCUGAUUGUCCAGCAUUGUUAUACCAGUUGAGGCUGGGAGACGAAAAGCUGCAGGCCCCAAUGGCUCUCUUCUACCCUGCCACCUUUGGCAUUGUGGGCCAGAAGAUAACCACCUUGCAACACCGGUCCCACGGCGAUUCUGAAGACCCGCACGAUGAACAAUAUCUAGUGGCGACCCAGAGCAAACAGGAGCAGGCUGCCAAGGCCAUCGCUGAGAGGAAGGCACUGGCCAAGUAUGCUGGGUUUGAGGCAGAGUUGGGAGCCCCCAACUGUGACGGUGUGGAGAAGAGCCACGAGCUGGAGCUGGCGUCCUCUCAGCACGACUGUGUGCUGGUUGGCAACGACUCUGAGGAUCUGCCUGCCGCCCUGAUGGCCCGUAAAACCACCGUGUCACAGUUUGAGGGCAAGGCUUUGGGCCUUGACAAAUCCAUACUGCACAGCAUCGAUUGUUGUGGUUCUGAUGAAACAAAAAAGAAGAUGUACAGUUCCAUUUUGGUGGUGGGGGGCGGUCUGAUGUUCCAGGGGGCUCAGGAGUUCCUGCAGCACAGAAUCCUCAACAAGAUGCCGCCAUCCUUCCGGAGAAUCGUAGAGAAUGUUGAAGUCCUCACCAGACCCAAGGACAUGGAUGCGCGGCUGAUAGCGUGGAAGGGUGGAGCGGUGCUGGCGUGCUUGGACACCACGCAGGAGCUGUGGAUACACCAGCGCGAGUGGCAGCGCUUUGGAGUGCGGAUGUUACGUGAGAGAGCGCCCUUUGUGUGGUGAACGGUCCUGUCCACAGCCAGACACAAAAUGCUGGAGUAACUCAGCGGGACAGGCAGCGUCUGGACAGAAGGAAUGGGUGACGUUUCGGGUCGAGACCCUUCUUCAGACUGGCCACAAUUUACAGGUUGACAGCUGACUUUUCUGAAAGUAGGGAAGUAUAUUAGGAUCGCUUCUUUCUAAUGAACCUGUUUGUCUCUGGAACGUUGGGAUUAAAUUAGUACAGCUUCACAAUUAUUUGAGGCGACUGAUUUAUGUACAUUAUUUGCCUGUUUUUCACUAUUUUGUAAUUCUUUAUAUCAUUUUAGAAAUUGAACAGUAGAGUUUAUCUAAGUUCCUGACUAUGUAUAUGAUGCAGUUAAUGUGCAAAUAUUCCGUCUUAAUUAUAAAUAAAGUUUUACUACCACAAAUAACUUACAUUUGUGGUAUCCAAGA